AUCCGUUUUGUGUCACACCUUCUACCGAACCGACCUGUAAAAACGAAUAACGUCAAGACGAAGUCCGUCUGGUCUCCUCGACCCCCCUAGAUUCUGGACGUCAUUGCAGUUGACCUUUUCAGACCUGCGUAUCGUCGAAUUAAGCGCACAUUACACGACCCAAAAUGUCCGCCCCAAGAAUCAAGCGCCAGUUCGCCGGCGCAGCAAGCGAGACCUCCCAGCGCCAAAUCACCUCCUUCUUCUCCCCACGCACACCCACCACCACCCCUGUCGCCGCCUCCUCCCAGCCCAUCCUCCCGGCCAACGUUCAAACCAACCUCCUCAACGUCGGCAUGCGCGUCCGCAAGAGUGUUCCGGAGGGUUACAAGACGGGAACAUACAGCAGCUUCAAGCUCUGGUCCGACGUUGACAACACACACGUCCCCGUCUCCUCAUCUGCAGAACCACCCACCACCAGCAGGUCCGCCACUCUGGCGGCGUCGUCGCAGAGGGAACUCCUUCCGUUCUGCGGAAUACACAAAGUCGGCGGCCUCGCCACGCAACCUUCCUAUGACCGCCACGAAGAACGCGACAACGCAAGACACCUGCCCGAGCUGGAUGACAUCCCCGGCCUGACCAGCUCGCAGGAGAGCGUGGAAAGCAACGCCAGCUAUGCCGGGUCUUCGUCCCGGAAGCGCAUAUUUCACGAGGCAGGGGAGGACACGGACGGCGAUACCUCCGCACGGACAUGGCGCGAAUGCGACGCCUGGCUGGACGGCAAUGUCAGCCCCCGCAGCCUGGCGCCCGUCGGACCGGGCAAUGCGAGGGUUAUGGCUGUUCCUAAGGGGGUUGCGCGGCGGAAAACCGCCGUUACUCCUGGGGUUACCACCUCUGUCCCAGCCGUGGAACAGGAGAACAUGGCAAUCGAUGACUUUGAGGAGGCUGAUUUUCUUGUUGUGGAUGGCAUGGACGUAAGCGAUUCUUGAGCAGUUUACAAAUGGGGGACGAACAUGGAGUAUUUAAUGCGACGAUACGCUGGGGGGGGGGACGAGGGGCUUCUUGGAUACAUGGUAUUGGCGUUACGAGGGCGACCACGGCCGCAAUGCCUCAUUUUGUUUUGGUUCAGGCGUUCUGUACUCGGCAAGUGCUGCCUUUGAGGACAGUUUCUUUGCAUCUGUAUCAUACUUCUGUUGUGUUUUAUACUGCCAAUGGGUAUCCCUUUUUGAUAGCAUACAGCUAGCCUACCUCAAGGCUAAGUGAUCAAAAUAUUGUUACAUCA